AUGGGCAGCGCCAGCCCCAGCCUGAGCAGCCUGCCCCCCAGCCGCCUCCUUCUGUCCCCCAACACCGUGCUGCGGGCGGCCCCGGAGAAGGUGACGGCCGGGGCGCUGGGCCCUGACAGACGGGACUGGAGCCCCAGCCCGCCGGCCGCGCCCGAGCAGGGCCUGUCUGCCUUCUACCUCUCCUGCCUGGACAUGCUGUACCCCGACGACAGCAGCUGGGCCACCAAGGGCCCCGGGGCCGGCAGCCGGGACGAGCCGCCCGAGGAGCCCGAGCAGUGCCCGGUCAUCGACAGCCAAGCGCCCGGGGGCAGCCUGGACCUGGGGCCGGCCGGGCUGAGCCUGGAGGAGCACUCGCUGGAGCAGGUGCAGUCCAUGGUGGUGGGCGAGGUGCUCAAGGACAUUGAGACGGCCUGCAAGCUGCUCAACAUCACGGCAGACCCCGUGGACUGGAGCCCAGGCCACGUGCAGAAGUGGCUGCUGUGGACGGAGCACCAGUACCGGCUGCCCCCCGUGGGCAAGGCCUUCCAGGAGCUGGGGGGCCAGGAGCUGUGCGCCAUGUCCGAGGAGCAGUUCCGCCAGCGCUCGCCGCUCAGCGGGGAGGUGCUGCACGCCCACCUGGACAUCUGGAAAUCAGCGGCCUGGAUGAAGGAGCGGACCUCCCCCGGGGCCGUCCACCUCUGCGCCUCGACCAGCGAGGAGAGCUGGACGGACAGCGAAGUGGACUCGUCCUGCUCCGGGCAGCCCAUCCACCUGUGGCAGUUCCUCAAGGAGCUGCUGCUGAAGCCCCACAGCUACAGCCGCUUCAUCCGGUGGCUCAACAAGGAGAAGGGCAUCUUCAAAAUUGAGGACUCGGCCCAGGUGGCGCGUCUGUGGGGCAUCCGGAAGAACCGGCCCGCCAUGAACUACGACAAGCUGAGCCGCUCCAUCCGCCAGUAUUACAAGAAGGGCAUCAUCCGGAAGCCGGACAUCUCCCAGCGCCUCGUCUACCAGUUCGUGCACCCCGUCUGA